AUGUCAGUCCGAACGGACCUACCCAUUGCUGGGUGGGUUCGGGAUGACUGUUUACCCCUGAAAGCUGAAGUUGCCCAAAGCCAGACAUUGUUGAAGUGGAAGUGGUACCUGCAGGAGAGAGGAGGGAUACAGGCUGGAGAAAUUAAAGAACUCUCUAAACUCUUAAAUGGCUUAGUGACAUACAAGUCCUUGUCACAUCCAAACACCUGUGAAAUACCAGUACUGCAACCUUCCCCUCUCAAGUCAGCUCCGCCCUAUGACAACUUGACAACAGAACAGAAGCAUGAUGCCUGGUUCACUGAUGGGUCAGCGGUGUUGACCCAUAAAGGAAGAAGGUGGACAGCAGUAGCCUACAACCCUCAACAGGGGAAGAUUGUGCAAGAGCAAGUCAGUAUGCUGAGCUAG